CGUACACAGUGCGACUCCGGACAGGAAGAGGCUGGCGGUGUUGUUUUCCGGGAGACCGCGACGGGUGUUGAUGGAGGCGGGGUUGAUAAUUUGAAAUUUCUUUCAAUUUCACGCUUUUCUGUUUUUUGUAAACUGCCUUGCCGGCUACUGGCGCCGUCAAGCCCGCUGGUAGAGUUGUAUUUUUUUGGGGGUACGUAACGGGACCUGUUUUUGUGACGCGCAGGUCUUGGGAGAGAGCGACGGAGCGAGGCUCGGAGAUGGAACCGGUCCGCGUCAAAGAAGAAUCUGACGAGCCGGCCCGAGUGAAAGAGGAGCCGGCGGAACCAGAACCCGUCCCGGUUGACCAAGUCAAAGAGGAGGUUUACGAAGUCCGACUCGUCCACAUCAAAGAAGAGCCCGUCGAGACCGAAGCUUCUGCCCAGGCACUGGGGAGCGAUUCCGGAGAGGAAGGGGAGUCUCAAUCUGGGCUGAACCCGGCAGACGGCAGCCAGGCCCGUGGCGCCGGAGAACCGCGACACAGCUGCCCCGUUUGCCGAAAGGGCUUCCGUCUCCUGCACGGCUUCAAAAAACACCUGCAGACCCACAGCGGCGAGAAACCGCACCCCUGUCCAGAUUGCGGGCGCCGUUUCGGCCAAGCGGGGCAGCUGAAGACGCACCAGCGCAUUCACACGGGCGCCAAACCUUACCCCUGCCCGGACUGCGGGGAGAGCUUCCGGCACUCCAACAGCCUGAAGGUUCACCGGCAGCAGCACUCAGGCGGGCGACCCUUCGCCUGCGAGGAGUGUGGGAAACGGUUCGGGCGUCCGGCUCACCUGAAGUCUCACCGCUUGGUGCAUUCCGGGGAGAGACCGUUUCACUGCGGAGAGUGUGGGAACCGCUUCAGGAACCCUUUCAGUUACAAGCAGCAUCAGGUGACCCACGCGGGGACCAAACCUUGCGAAUGCCCGGACUGCGGGAAGCGUUUCAGUCAGGUGGGGAGCAUGAAGAGGCACCAGAGGCUGCACACGGGGGAGCGCCCGUACCGCUGCCCGGCCUGCGGGCAGAGCUUCACUUACUCCCAGAAGCUGAAGACUCACCGUUGUGAGCUGGCGUGAUUCGGAAGUGGCACGCUGAAAUCGUGAUUUUUUUUUUUUUCUUUUUUCAGUCCUACUUUCUUUACACAAAUGUAUGUGUGUGUUAGAUCGAUAGCUGUGAUUUAGAUAUUUUAUUUAACGUUGUGUAAUCAAAUAAACUACUACAUACAUAUAUAUAUAUAUGUUUCAAUGUUAAGUAUCUGGAAAACUACAAAGCUGGUGUGCAAUUCAAUAUGUUAACAAGGGAACAUUAUUCAGCAGCUUUCAUUGGACUCUAUGAAGCUGAGGGAGUUCAUUCUAUAUAGAGGGGGUGCAAUUCAAUAUGUUAACAAGGGAACAUUAUUCAGCAGCUUUCAUUGGACUCUAUGAAGCUGAGGGAGUUCAUUCUAUAUAGAGGGGGUGGAAUUCAAUAUGUUAACAAGGGAACAUUAUUCAGCAGCUUUCAUUGGACUCUAUGAAGCAAACUUAAUUCAAUUCUAGUGGGUGAGGAUGCAAAACUUUUGACCAACAGCUGUAUAGUGUAUUAAUGGUAAAAAAAAAAAUCUGUAUUGUCUUUCACAGUAUUCCAAUACAGCUGUCUAGUGAACAAACAACUUACGACUGUUGAAAUCCACAGGGUUGUCCCUGCCUCUGGACUCCAUUGUAAAUGACCAGUAUUUAAUGAAGCUUAUGGAUUUGUAAAAUCUGUAUCCAAUAAAGACAACAAA